AUGAACAAGUUCUAUUUUAAUCCUGUGAUCUUCUUUCUCUCUUGCCUAACCAUCUCUGCUCUUGCCCAAAACUUUGCCGCUGCUGCAAACGAAUCAUGCGUGGUAUAUGACAGAAACAAAACCUACACAUUGGCUCCAGGUGAAACGUUCACAACAGCUGAAUUUUGCGUGCACGAGUACACUGCGUCAGACGGUGCCAUGCCCAGCGAGAUUGUUACCAUGACCUACGAGUGUGCCGAUGGGUGGGCUCAAGAGUACGACAGAAACGUUACCGUUUGUCCUACCAAUGAACCAAUCUGUUACGAUCUGGACCAAUACGCCGACCCUGUCAACUAUACAGUGAAUUGUCUCACCAACGAAACAGACAGCAGCAGUGCAGCAGCUCUGCCUAUUGUGUCACCGAUGUUGUGGAUUGCUGGCGUCAUGUUGAGCAUGUUAGCAAGAUAG